ACAUUAAUUAAUUUCUGUAUUUACUAACUUAGGAGUAAGUUGCUGAUGAAAGGAAAUACAUACCUGUUAGUAUGUCGGACGAUUUCUUUUCGUUAACCCAUAAUUAAUAGCAAUAUAUGAUGUACAUGGUUUUGUUGUCCUUUAUUUUGGGAAUAGUCUUUACUUUAUGUAUUGAAGUUGUCUUGAUUUAUCAAUGGUGGACGCGGAAGCCCCUAGAAGAGCCAUCGUCACAUGCUCCAAGAACUAAAGUUAAAAACCCGGAGGUGAAAAUUGUCGAACAAACUUUUUGUCUUUAGAAGAUUACAUAUCUGAUACAAAUGUGUCAAAUUUACAUAUCUCACAACUGAUAAAGAGAUUAUUUAACCAAGGAACUUCUGAAUUUUUUUAAGAAAUUAUCUGACAUACCUGUAGAAGAAGUGAGGGAACAAUUGAGAAUACCCGACACAUGUUUGUGUUUGAAUGUGAUAUUUGCAUUCCUGUGGAAGGAGUGGCGAGAUUCUCCGGAAUUGAAGUGCAUUUUCAUUUCAAAGUUGAAUAGAGAAUUAAAUGAUCUCAUUGGCUCAAAGGCAGCAAAGGGAAUCAUUGAAGAAAUCAAUGUAAAAAGUUAUAGUCUAGGAGAUUCAUUGCCCUAUAUCAAAGACGCCGUGUUAAUGAACAUUAAAUCUCAAAGUGCAGAAGAUGUUCCAGACGAGAUAGACAUUGCGCUGAACGUUUCGUAUGCCGGAGGCUCUUAUGUCAACGCAGACUUCACGUUAGCUUUGAAAAAAUCCGUUUAUUUAUCGAUAAAAGCUGUGAAAAUAUCAGGAAGAGUAAAACUUAGUUUCCGUCGACAUCCUAUCUCGCGAUGGUCAUUCUCAUUUUAUCAGGAUCCUGAUCCAGUGAUCGAACUGGACGCAGAAUCUCGUUUUGAAGGGAAAAGUUUUCCGCAACUAAAUGCCAUGAUCCUGAGACAUUUCAAAAAAGUCAUUCGUAAGAAAUAUGUUUUACCCAACUACAUCGUUCGCUAUAAACCCUUUCUUCGAACAAAAGUUCCACAUGACGAGCAGAGAAAGCUGUAUGUUCACAACUCAGAAGUUACUGUCGGUGUUUUGUCCGUUCAAGUUCUCGGAUGCAGUCGUUUACCAUUGAAAAAGAAAAGCAGCACUCAUUAUAAUUGGACUUUUUGCAGUCUGUCUGUCGAUGCAAUGCCUUUCUCUGAAAGGAAAAACAAUGAUUCUUCCAUGUGGCCGAUAUCAGAGCACGAAGUUGUAAAGAACAACGAAAGAAAAAUCGGUCUAACUUAUUACGAAGCAUCAAUGGAAGGCGAUGGCGCUUCACGGAAGAAAAUAAUCAUCGCCAGUAUUGAUCCCGAAUCUCCGGUUGGUAACAGCUUACUACGAGAAGGAGAUGUCAUACUGGAAAUCAACGGGACGGCUGUAGUUGACGCGAAGCAUGUUUCAAAACUCAUUAGGGGAUCAAGUAGGAGGCUAACCGUUAUGGUGAAGAGGCCACCUUCGAACUUACCAGUCUCUGAAGCUGAAGAUUUGCCACAUAAGAUCGAUGUUGACACUGUGUCUAUUUCAGGCGAAAAUUCAUCUGAAGUGGAUAAUGAAGCCGACGAAUUCGUGAACAUUGUGGCACUACCAUUGAUCGAAGGAAGCGAUCUCAAUCAAACCAAAGGUAAAAUUGAAGAGCCUGACUCUGUCUCAAGUGUAUCGUUCAGCGAUUACGAAAGAUUUGAAAGCAGCAAUUUAGACGGCGUUCCUUCAAAUCCCAUCAUAUUUGAGAAAACUCAUCCCAUAAAUGAGAAUGAAGUAGAUUUUAUUGACAACUUCGAUGCAAGAGGAUCAAAUAGUUUGAACGAGAAGAAGACGAAGCUUGCAAAAUCAUCGAAGAGCCCGCAAUGGAAAGAAACUUUCGAGUUUCGUGUUGAAAACGAACAUAAAUAUCUCAACGUACUUGUGUGGUAUCAAUAUCGAAAUGAAUCUGGAAAAGAAGGAAAUAGCGAAGAUCAGCAACCAAAGAAUAUACUUCUUGGAUAUGUCACUAUCCCAUUGACAGACAUCGCAGUGCAGUGCCUGGAGACCGGAGAUCGUUAUCAUCAACAGGAAUAUGUUUUGGUUUCGACAGCGUAUGACAAAGUCUUUGCAAGUCGAUCGCAUCUUGGUGGUCAUCCUGGCUUGAACAGAACGGCUUGUUGCGGUGAUAUCACUUUGGCUUUUACGUAUAAGCCAUCCUUCGCUGAUGAAUCAGAUGGAGUGCCAUUUGUAGAGACCAAAGUUAUCACGUCAGAAUAUAUUGAUGAGGAGUUACCACAUUUUUCUCCGAACGAUGACGAAGUUGUAGACUUUGACGUGACAAUCAAGAGGCACAGUUUUGUUGACACACAGUUCUACCAUCAAACAAAAUGUGAUUUUUGUACUAAGAAGAUCUGGACGAAAUCUGCUUAUCAAUGUCGACAAUGUGGUAUGGCAUGCCAUAAAAAAUGUUUGCAACGGGCGCUGAAGCAUACAGCAUGCUAUAGUCAACCUGCUGAUAUCACAAAGCAAGACGAGACAAGAACGGAGCUUGAUGAAAAUAAGAGUGAUGCGACAAACUCUGCUCCAUCAUUUGAUCCACGUUCAACUGCGAGGAAGAUAGAAAUGGUAGGAAAAGAGUUAUACUCAGAACUUUCUCCAAAAUCAAGGAAUCGAAAGUUGCAAAGUAUGGUGAGCAAUCUGCAAGUUGAGAUAGACGAAGAGAACGAAGAACGAAUCCGUCUUCACGAGAUGAAAAAACUUUCAAAACCAACUUCGAUGACAUCAAGAAUUGAUCAACAAAUUACGAAAUCCGAACAAAGGAGUGAAUCUUUGAAAUUUCUAAUGCUUCAAUACUUAUCUGGUUUGGGAGAUGUUGAAGCGACGUAAUUGUUAAUAACCAGACAUGCAUUAAGUAAAUUACAUAGCUGGACUUUUUUGAUUUAGCUAUAACUGACGAAGUUACUUCACUUACGUACGCAUGUUUGUAGUUUGGUAUUUGUUGGCAUAUUAAUUUAAUGAACAUUUCAAUUAAUAAACGUUCGAUGCAGGACAUUGACGGUCGAUGACUCUCUAUAAAUAAAUGAGAAAUAGCUUUUUAGUACUCAUUAAUUGAUCAUCUAAUUAACAAUUUCCAUAAACUUCUUCACAUA